AUGAGUAAUUUUGAUGAACUCAUGCUCCUUGCAAUAAAGGAGUUCAAGAGUAUUGAAGACAUCUUACAGCAUUUUUUCCGAUUUCUUGGAAGGCAUACUGAUUUUUAUCAUACCCUAUUGAAUGAGGAAGAAAUUGACAAGUUUAAUCUCCAUGGUUCAAAUGUAAAUUCCAAAGGUUUUAAGCCAAACCAUAUGGUAAAGCUUGUUAAUCACAUAAUCCAGGACAAUCUAAUUCAAUAUAGAGAAAGAUAUCAGCCUUAUUUGCUGAAUAAUAAACCAAUGUUGCAUGCUCAAGUACAGCCUAAGGUCACCAAACCACAAGAGAAAAAACAAGUAACAAAAGGAUCCACUAAAUAUACACUGAACCCCUGGAAUGGCGGGGUCACAAAAACGUAUGCAUGGGCUCAGACGAUUUCAGACUUAACAAUUGAAAUCAUAUCAAAUGAAAUACUAUCGACAGAUAACGUUAAAGUUUCAUUAUCUAGAGAUUCACUAAAGGUUGUAAUUUCAGGAAAUACUAUAAUUGACGGGCAGUUUUGCAACAGCAUAAACGCAACUGAUAGCAUGUGGAAUAUAGAGGAUAGGUCACGCAUAGUCCUAUCGAUUGAAAAGGCACAAGAACUUUGGUGGGAUUGUGCAAUAAAGGGAGAUGAGACUAUAGAUACACAAAAUAUAGAAUCUGUAAAGCGUAUAGAAGAGUUUUCAUCCUCAGAACAGCGUGAAAUUCUGAAGCUAAUGGCGGAGAAUAGGAAUAAACAAGCAUCAAACUUUCCAUUUUAG